AUGUCCUGUUCCUUUGCUCUUGAAGUUUGCCCUCGAAUUGCAGAGGUAGAGAUGUUGGUAGCGUCUCAUAUGACAACUGCUAUAGGUAUAUCUGACGAUCGUACGGAUAUUCUUUGCACAUAUCCUUCUGAUCCUAUCCUUGCAUCUGGAGCAUUAAAAGGAAUCAUCGAAGUUGGGUUUGAAAAUUGUUUAGAUACACUGUUGGAACGUGGAGUAGUUAAAGCAGGAGAAAGAGGAGAGCUUUUCAGUCGCAUUUUAUUCCUGGAAGCAUAUAUUCGUGCUGUGAGAAAAAAUCUGGUACCACCAAUUAUAUACUUGGAAAAGAUGAAUAUAGAUCAGGCGGAAAUUAGCUUUAACCACUGGACAUAUUUGUUAGCUUCCAAUAAACAGUAUGUGAAUCAAGGAGGACAGAAAUAUUUAUCGGAAAAUCUUAUUCGAGAAGCUUAUCACAGACACACAGCUUUCAAGAUGCCAUUAGGAUUUCCAUAUGAGGAUGUUCCUGUUCUAGUACAUCCUAAGUCUGCCUUUUAUAAGAAUUUUAAUGGUAUUAUUCUGGGUAUCAAUAUUGAUAUUGGUACUUUUAAUCCAAAAAUUCGUAAAAGAUUAUUUAAGUUACUUUUUACAUCUCCCUGGCCGCUUGAUCCUCGAUGGAGUAUGAUUAAUGUAGGCGUAAAGAAACAGCUAGAUAGAACGAACGCAAUAAAAUCGUUUUUACCACUUGUUUUUAAACAGGAGCAGUCUUUAGUUAAUAAAUGGCAUUUAUGA